AUGGUCACUAAAUCAGUAUCGUUUAUUGCUAAAAUCAGACACCUUCAAGAUUAUCAACUACGACUGAGCUAUAACAUGCUGCCUUGCCCAUCUGGGCUAGACAUUGCUAAUUGUUUAAAAUAUUUUUCUCAAGUACUUUUGACAAUGUUAAAAGAAGUUUCAAAAUCACCACAUGAAAUGAUUUUAUAUCCGGAAAUGGAUGCUACUCGCUUAGCUCUGUAUCCAACGUUAGAUUACACCGGCUUGUAUUCUGCCCUUGAAUCAUUACUUCAUUCUGCAUCUUCUAUUAAUACUGGUUUACAAGCAUUUGGAGAAGCAUUCAAUCAAUGUGUGGCUUGUUUGGUUCCUUUUCUUGGUGGCGAUACCUUGGAAAGUUUACCAUAUAUGAUCGCAACUGCUUUUCAAGUACUCCCUUCAUCAGUACACCAUGACUUGAUCAACACAUUAUGUUAUUUUGUGAUACCAUUUACUAUACCUAGAAAUAAAUGCAUAAACAAUGCAGCAUUAUCUGUAGCUGGGAUUUUAUUGUUAGUUUUUCAAAAUACAUUUGACACAGCAUUACAUUUACAACUAGUUGAACGUCUUAUGACAUUUAAAAAGAAUAUAAAAAAAGAUUUACUUGUGGUAAUUGCAUAUGGAACUUCAGUAGCAAGGUAUCAUGCUGCAAGGUUAUUAUUUAAUUAUUGGCCUUUGUACAAUGCCAAUAAAUUCGACAGAAAUAAACCUAAAUCAAUUGGAAAUUGGUUAGCAUUGCUAUGCCAAAAAAAAAAUUGUCCAAAAGUGGGUUAUGGUCCUGCUGAACGUGUAUGUUUGAAUCAUGAGUUGUCUAUGAAACAUGCUGAAAACUGUCCACCACCGUUUUACUUAUGCACUGAUUGCGCAGAAGAUUUACAUAAUAAAAAACCAUCAUACCAAUUCCAUAUUGUUUUACAACCAUUGCUUUUAGCUACGUGGAAAUGUGAAUAUAAAGAAUGUAAAUCUCAAAAUACUAUGAUUAGUGUGACAUGUUUUUCACCUGAGUGUGCAUCCAUGAAUAAAAAUCGACCCAUUAGAUUAUGUUCAGAUUGUAAUAAACACAUUCAUUCAGAAAAUGUUGACCAUAUUGUUCAUUGGACUUUAAAAUCAGCUGGAGAAUUAGAUAAUGAGAUGCAAACUUAUUUGGUUGAGUCAAUUGUUAGUUUAUUGAAAGAAGUACGAGCACCUAUCUCAGAGGCUACUAAAGAAAGUCAAACUAAAGCAGCUGUAUUUGGAGCUAAGGUAAAAGGUACAAUGUCAUCUAGCAAGACAGAUAAAGAAGAUGAACAACCAGAAGUCACAAUAAAUGAUAGACAGCUUAUGGGAAGAACUGGGGUUUGGCUAUUGGUUGCUUUAUAUCGAAUAGAAGAUCAAGAACCUCCUCGUUCUAGUAUAAUGGGAAGAUUAUUAUCUAUACUAUUUCAUUGGUUUCAUGUCACUGCUUAUUCUUAUGAUGACCAACAAGAAUGUACUUUAGAGUAUAUGAAGACAGAAUAUAUAGGUGAGCGAUGGCUAAAAGGUGUUAGACAGCAUUAUUUUGAAGCAUUUGUCAACUGUUUAUUACCGUGUCCACCAGAAUAUGCACAAGUUGGUGGUAAUUGGGAUAUGUUAGCAAGUCAAACAGCACUAAUUAAAAAUGGCUUAAACCAAUUACUAUGUUUAGUACCUUAUGACAUUGUCACUUCAGAAAUAUGGGAGUUAAUCAUGCCUCAUUGGUUAGAAGCUAUUGUGCGUGAUGUUCCGCCCGAUGAAUUGCCAGAAUUACGGAUGCUUUUAUGCAAAAUAUUAGACUCGGAUAUGAAUCCUUUAGGGUUUGAUGCUACAAAGCUGUACAAUUUCAUAGGAAUACGUUUUAAAGGUACAUCUGCCAAAGUUCAAGAACAAGCUUUAACUUGGAUUCAGGUAUUAACUAGCUUAGAGAUUAUUAUACCAAUUCAUCUAUUAUUUAACUUCUUUAAAGAUGGGUUAGAGAGCCUCAAAAAAAUCUAUAACAUGGAAAACAUAAAAGAAUCUGAUUUUGUGAAAAGUAAUUUAAAUCCUGUUAUAAUUAAACGUACAGAAAGUGUUACAGACGAUGAAGAUAAGCAAAAUUAUUAUACUCGGCCAGAUUUGUUGGAAGAUGAUUUGAAACUUAGCUGUUGUGUGUUAAUGUUGGACAUUACAUCAAAACAGAUGGAAUUGCAUGGCAUUGAAAGGCAUACAGGCUUUGCAAGUGCAAUGAAUCAUGAAGUAUGUAAAUUAAUUACCAACGCCUUAAUUACGGGAUGGUUUACUGAGUCACACCGAGAUUGCGAAAACAAAAUGGAAUGCAUAUCUUGUGAAUUAAUUGUAUUAUGGCAUCAACUGGCAAGUUCAUUGGUGGAAUAUAUUUCCUUGCCAAAUUUAGCACAUCCUCCUGACGAUCCGAUUAUAGAAGAAUGUUUUUCUGAUGAAACAAAAAAAACGCCAACAGAAGUUGAUAAAAAGGAAUCAAAAUGUGAAGGAACUAAUUUAUCAUUUAUGCUAACUCCAGACACUAUUGGUGGACUUUUAGUUAACAUGCCUCAACUAAUGACUGCUACAGUGGAAACUGUUGUAGAGCAAUUAGAUUUAACUCCAGUAAUGCCAGCUAUUGCCAGAGCUAUUACAUUAACAGAAUCAGAUGUUGGAGUUGCAACAGCAAGAGUUGCACAAGCCAAAUUAAUGAAUGAAUACGAUGAACCAAUAGAUGAGUCUGUCCAUAAUAUACAAGAUUUUUGGCAAACAGGUCAAGGAAGGUUUCGAAUUAAAAUUGAUGAACUUCCUGACCAGUUACAAUUAGUUUAUCAUAUUCUUAAAGAAUUCCCUAAAACAAAUGACACAAGUUUCAAGUAUUAUUUAUUACAGUCCUUGCAUCUUGUGGUUCUACAUUGUGAUACAUUAACCAAGGCCGUUAAAGAACAUAGAGGAUUUGUUAUAUGGUGUCAAGAAAAUUUGAUAAUUAAAAACAUUUGGGACUGUAUAGAAGGGAUUAAAUCUCAUCUUUGUGAAGUAGCUAUACCUGUUAUGCUUCAUUGUGUAUCAUUGCCAUGCGGCAGUGAUAUUUUUUGGAAACUAAUCAAAGAUGAAUUUCAUAGUUCUGAUUGGCGUACUCGUUUCAAUGCAGUUGAAAAAGUGGUGCUAAUAUCUAGAUUCGUAGAUAAUACACCCUUACGAAAUAACCCUACUCUUCAAUCAUGUAUAACCAAUGCGUUUUGUUACCUUCUAUCAAGUAUGGAUGACCGUAGUACUUAUGUUGCCACAAGAGCAACUCUUUUAUUACCUACCAUUCACGAUUCUGCAUUAAAAAGUUUGAUUCAUUGUAUGGAAAUGCAUUUCGAUACUGUCAUGGUAGAUAGACCCAUGAUAUUACAAUCUCUUUAUCAGUUACACAAUACUCUGAAUGACAGGAAAAUACUUUCAUGGGAGUUUUUCUUAGGUCGGUUUGAUGCCCUAUUUAUAGAAGCUCAGAUACAGUUAAAAAAAAGUGGUGAUAUUACUCAUGUAAGAGAUUUAAGAAAUUCUGAUAUCACAAGCGAUUCAUUUAUUAAAAAAGUUCAAAGGGCUCAUGAAUCUAUGGCAUCUUCUUCAGAAUCAAAUUCUGUACGAACUUUGAGUGCAAGUUUUGGUCAAAAAUGGCCAUAUAAGAGAACUAUGUCUGCACCGGCCGCUACUUUAACAAGGAAUGUCCCAAAACACAAUGGUGAUAAAGUAUAUAAUAGACAGUUUUCUGCUCCAAUUUUGAAAAGAAAAACUUCACAGCUUAUUACACCGAUUCUGUCAAUCCUUCCAGAUCAUUCUUAUGGAAUGGAUUCUCAUGAAGAUAAUGCUAGUGAGCUCUUGCAAAAAAUUGUUGAUUUAGAAGAAUCUGACAAAGAAACAAGCAGUCUGAUUGUUUUUUUACUCAUGCAAUACAUGUCAAGACCAGAGCAUGCAUAUCCAGAAGAAUCAAAACAUGGAAUAAGAGUUCAAGGUAUUGUGUUGCAGCAUUUAUAUUUAUUAUUGGGCUAUAAUUACAACGAAAAAGGAUUUCUUAUACCACCAGAUAAAUUAAGGGUUUUACCAGUUUUUAAUUCAUUUUUGUCUAAUUUACCACAAAUGUUGGACCAAAAUUUCACUAUGGGCCAUGUUAUUGCACCUACUGCAUUGUUAUUACUUCAAUAUUGCCCUUCACCCGAAACACAUUCUAUUAAUGCUACUUAUUCUUUGUGGUUUUUAGAACCAAUGGCUAGAAAGUCAUGGCUCAUGUCUGUUAUGGUUUAUCUUUAUAAGUACAAUUUUGAUAAGGAACCAGUCAGCCUCCUCGUAGUGUCAUUAAUGGAAAUUGUUUUGAACACACUUAACGCACAACAACAUGUCUGUAAUAGAAUACCUCCAACAGUUGUUAUGCCUGAUACAUCAAAAACCAAAGUUGAAAAAAAUGGUGAAUCUUUGUACUCGGAAUCACAAAAAUUUUAUGAAUCCCAGCCAUCUACCUCAAGAAAAUAUCCAACAAGUAUGGAAACUCACUGGGAAGAGGACAUUACAUUUCGUAAAAGAACUCCUCAUAAACAAGGAUCUACUGGUUCAACUGAACCAGAUGAAACAGAAUCAGAUUUGGCCAUAGCUCCAGAAAAAUAUAAAUCAGACAGUACUACUGGUCAUUACAGUUCACAUGGAUCAUUUGAUGAGUCAGCAGAUGAGGCUUUUAAUAAAAAAGGACCACUUCGUUCAUUUUGGUCUAAUGAAAAUAAUGUCGAUAAAACGGAUAAAUGGGGUGUAAAAGAAGGAAUGAAAAUGUUAGCAACUUCAGCAAUAAUUAGUGUAGCCAAUCAACAAAAUUUUUUAUCACAACCUAUUUUAGCUACAACUUCUACUUCAUCACCUGAAAUAAACACAACAUUAAAAAAAUCUGAAGAAAUAAUUGAUGUUCAGAAAAAACAAACAACAUUUUACAACCCAAAAGACAUCAGUCAAACGUCCACGUCAUCUUCUUCCGUUACAUCUCACCCACCAAUAGUUUCAAAUAUAAAAGAAAAAAUAUUUUUGCAAAAACCAACUCCAAAAUUAUAUAACUGUCCUGAAACUCCUCUAUCAAAAAUGAAAGUUCAUAAAAACUCAUCUUUUUCUAAAGAAUCGACCAGCGAAAUUCAAACUAAUUUGGGAUUUAAAUUGGAAGUUAAAAUAGAAAAAAAACCAUUGGAAAUUCCAGUGCAAGAACGUCUUUUACCAAUUGGAACAACUAUAAAUCUGGUGCAAAAAAUGAACAAGACUUUUGGUUUAGGAGAUAUGGACUCAGCAUCACAAUCAUCAUCUCUUAAUAGAGAAGAUAGUUCUGAAAAAGAACAAAAAAGUCCCCAUAGCCCGCGGAAAUUAACAAAACAAAGUGCUCUGGAUAGUCCAGAAGACAACAAAUCGUCAAAUCUUUCUUCUGCAAGACGCUCUAUGAAUCAUGGAAAUGAUUCACAAAAGAAUUCUAAUUACAAAAACGCCCAUGCUCGAAAUUCGGAUCCUCCAAUUUACGAAGCUUUUUCUGCCAAUAAAAAUGUCAGCAAUAGCACAAGUCGCAUUGGAAUAGAUUGUAUACAAGAAAGGUGUAGUGAUUGUGGAACACGUAAAGAAGAAUAUAGUGAUGAUGAAAUUGGACUUUGUAUUGUGUUGUUAGGAACUUUUGUACACCGAUCUCCUUCAGUUGCUGCGUGUCUUUUACCUGAAAUACUGACAGUAUUAGCCAAAUGUCACUCUAAACCUACUUUUUUAUGGCAAAAAGAAAGUCAAAAAUUUUUGCCAUGCGGUUCAACUAGUAUUGCAAAAAAAUUCUUAAGAUGUAUACUUUAUCAACUUGCACCAAAUGGAGUGUUUGCUCAAAUAUUUCAAAUGAAACAUAAUGAAAGCAAUGAUAAUAAUUUCUUUAAGAGUAUUAUACAAGCUUUAAUGGAUUUUAAUGAAAUGAAUCCUAUCGAGCCAUUACAAAUGGUUUUAGAAGUCUUAAAUUCUAAAAAAUCAUUGUCAACAGAUGAUUGUUGUAUAAUGUUAUUUAAUGUUACAUAUUAUAUUGAUAUAUUAACUACAGACACAACUACCACCACAUCAACAUUGGUUUGGACAACCAUUCUUAAUCAAUUUGACACGUUGUUUAGAAAAAUUCAAUUAACAAUAAGUAGUUUUGAAAAUAUUAAUUUAAUAUUAAAGCUGAUGAUUACAGUAUUGAAAAUACCAGGAAUCAUUUCAACUAAGAGUAUUUUGGAUCCAUUUUCGAAAAUAUUAACUUAUGCUCUCCAACAACACUAUAUUGAUUAUUAUUUAUUAGUUGAUCUUUGUUCAUCAAGUUACAAAACAUUUGCAAGGGAAAGAGAAAAGACAAUAUUAACAAGAGCUGUAACAGUAGAGUUAAUACAAGCAUUAAAAUUCAAAACACAGAAUCUUAAUAACAACCUUUUAGUUUAUGUUGCCUUUAUACUUCAAGAUAUUGGUGGAAUAUUACCAGAAUGCUCAGCAAUCGAUAAUAUAGUGCCAACUUUUCCAUCAAUCGUGUCUAGUGUACCAACAGGUGCUUCAGAACUUUUGCGAAACAAUUUACAAGAUAUUUUAGAUUUCUUAACAGAUUGCAAUACUUUGACAAAAUUAAAGAGUCGAUGCACAACACCUGAAGAAGGAAUUAAUGAGGAUACAUUUGGGAGUACCGUGAAAGCUGGUAUGUCUCAGUACCUGUCAUUAGAACUAUUAAAAAGUAACACUCGAGAUGCAAGAUCACUACAUAAGAUAUUCCCUUGGUUAUAUUAUGGACCCAAUGAAAUACAAACCAUCGGAUUAUUUAUAUACAAUUGUAAAGACUUCUCGGAUUGUCUCAGUCACAUACGUUUAUUAUCUUGGAUUUUAAUUGGAUCACUUUCAUAUACAACAAUGCAGAAUAGACCUUGUCUACCACUAUCUCAAGAUGUUUCAUGUCAAAUAGCUGAUCAUGUUAAUGUAAUAAUGACCGGAUUUGCAGAAGAAUCAAAAUCAUCAGUAAUUCAUAUGUCAUCACUUUUCCACGCAUUUGUACUUUGUCAAUUGUGGACAAUUUAUAUGGAACAAACAGCUCAACAAAUGGUAACAGCUGGCGAUCAUCACUCAUUUACAAUGAACAUAUUACACGAUUUUUGGAAUAAAGUUACUCAAAGUAUGCUAAACUUGUCUUCCAAAUCUAAAACGAUGGGAGAAAUGGUAAACUUGCAUUUUUUGAGUUUACUUGAAGCAUUACUAGAAUGUCGGACAGUGACAUUGUGUAAACUUAUACCUAUGUGGAAAGAGGUUUUAUUUACUGAUAAAAAUAUUAAGUUACCAGGCCAUAUGAAAUUACGUUUAGAUACAUGUAUUGAAUUUGAACCUAGAGAGCCUCCGACAGUUAAGCCUAGAUCUGAUCUUUCCAAAUCAGAAGUCAAUUUAGAUAUUCUUAAAUGGCUACAAACGUUACAAUUUAAAAUGGCACAAAUUGAACUUCAAUCAUCCCAAGUCAAUGAAUUUUAUAAUGUAUAA